UAAUGCCUUGGCUAGAGUAGGUGUGAGUUUGGGAGAGAAAUCUUGCUGUCUUCCGCUUCCCUAAACUGUGACGGCCGCCGCGCGCGCGCUUAUUCACGUCGGCGCCGAGAUAAUUGAACUUAUAUAUUUAUAAACCCGGCACAGUUGAAACCCUAAUUAGUGAAAACAAGGUUUUACGGAUAUGUUUUGCGACUGGAUUGUUUCCCAGUAGGAGUGUAUCUGCUACCACUACCAUGGUUUCUUCCUUACCACUUAUUCAGGAACAUGGUAGCUCCUUAUUAUCUAAGAAAAGGUUGAAAAUCUCUAUUUCUGAACAUCGCGAACUAGAUUCAUUUAACUCCAUCGGCUACUAUGAUGAUGUAAUUUUGUCCGACACCAAGAAUUCCCCAUCCUCAUCUCAUGGCUGUCUCAGGUGCUUUGAUGCUUGUCAGGCUUCUUCAUCUUGCUGUGGCUUGGAUGAUAGGACUUGUCGUAGCUCUUUGUUGGAGCUGAGUUGCCAGCUGAAUGGCAAUAGUGGUGAUAUUCAAGAGUCUAGCAAUGCUGGGGGGUCGGCAAAGAAUCACUCUGGCUAUGUGUCGCCUGCUUUUGCAACUGGAUGGAUGUAUGUCAAUGAAAACGGACAAAUGUGUGGUCCUUAUAUUCAGCAACAGUUAUAUGAGGGUUUAUCUACUGGUUUUCUACCUGAAGAUCUUCCUGUCUAUCCUAUUUUAAAUGGGACAUUAGUUAAUCCUGUACCUUUGAAGUACUUCAACCAGUUCCCUGACCAUGUUGCUACUGGUUUUGUGUAUCUUGGCAUUGGUGUCUCAGGUACAUCCAUUCCCACAAAUCAUUUUGCCUCUGUUAAAAUGGAUUCAGCUGUACAUAGGCAAGAAGGCCUUGUUCCAACUUCUGUUCAAGUUUCAAUUUCUCAAGAUGCACAGAUCGUAUCCCAUUCACAUGUGGAUUACUAUACCUGUGUCUCCAAUCAGAAAAUCUCAGACUCUUUGGAAACUAGCCCUGAUAUGCCCUUGUCAUCAAUGUCAGGGGAUGAAAGUUGUUGGAUGUUUGAGGAUGAUGGAGGUCAGAAACAUGGACCACAUUCUCUUUCAGAACUUUAUGCUUGGUACUGUUAUGGGUAUCUUCGUGAUUCAUUGAUGAUAUAUCAUAAUCAAAAUGAGUUCAGACCCCUUGCUUUACUAUCUAUUAUGAAAGCGUGGAGGACAAAUAAAGUUGCAUCUGAUGCCAAACCUGAGACUGCCUUACUGUGCAGCUUCAUAUCUGAAAUUUCUGAAGAAGUUUCUUGUCAAUUGCAUGCUGGAAUAAUGAAAGCAGCUCGUAGAGUUGCAUUAGAUGAGAUGAUUAGCAAAGUCAUUACAGAAUUCUGUGAUUCAAAGAGUUCUCAGAAAAAUCUCAAGCUCAAUAAUGAUCAAGCUGCCAAACCUUUUUCUGAAGAUGGAAGAGUGUUUGAAGUUACUGGUGCAAGGAAUGAAGAUGUCACUCCUGAGUGUGAAGCUGCGUCAUUUUAUCAUGAUUCUGAUCAGUCAUGCUCUGAUGGAAUGACCCUGCAGUUACCCAAAAGCACAAAAUCUGUUGGAACAAUUGAUAAUUUUUUGGGGUCUCAGGCAGCUGUUUAUAGAAUCCUUUUUCAUUAUUGCAUGGAAGUCAUGUGGAAUGCUGUCUUUUAUGAUGUCAUAGCAGAUUAUUGUAAUUCCUGGAGAAGAAGAAAGCUUUGGUUUGCACGUCCAAAGAGAUUGCCUGCUGGUGCUGGGGGCUAUGUCAAGGAGACUGAAAAUGUAUCCAUUGAACUUGAUUAUGAUAGUGAUGUUGACUGUCCUCCUGGGUUUGAUAUUACGACGAUUAAAAAAGAUAAUCAUGCACAAUCAUCUAACUUAUCUAUAUUUGUGAAUGUGGGAGAGAGGCCAUCUCAACUGAAUGCCUUAUCUUACAAAACACACAAGACCUUUAAGUGCAUUUUAGACUCUGUAGAAGAUGAGCUACAUGUGUCCACAAAGGAAUUUUUAUCUGAAUAUGUUGAAGGUCUUGUUGAAGAAGAAGUGCAAAAAGUAGUUAAAUUCCCAGAUGAUGACAAAUUGAAUGAGAAGGCUGUUGAAUCUUCAUCUCAAUGUUUUCAGACAACUGAAUAUAGCUCUGUAGAAUGGCACGAUGAACUGAAGAGUGAUUUCAAUAAACUGGAUAUUAAAACAUCCAAUGGUUCUCAAAGUUUACUACAAGCUGAAAAACGACUAGGUUUGUCUUCAUGUGAGGAUUCUAUGCCCAGCUUUCUUGAAAGUGCAUUUCAGAAGUCACAGAUAUGUGUUAAUAAUAUCAUGGAUGACCAAAGUAUCAAUGAGCCACCACUACCUGGGUUUGAAGAUAGUACUAGGACUCAUGUCUCAUCACAAUUAUGCAAAUUCCAACCUGCACAAUCAGAUGAUUCUAUUCCCAAGAUCAGAGAAUACGUGGUCAUGGCAAUGUGCAGACAGAAGUUGCAUGAUGAUGUACUGAGGGAGUGGAAAUCAUUGUUGAUUGAUGGUAUUCUUAAUCAAUUUUUCAGAUCUCAUUGUACUUCAAGGCAGCACUGUCAAGCUGACGUGAACACAGGAGGAACAUCUAAUACAAAGAAGGAUAACAAUCACACUACUCUUACUUCUCUAGACAAGGUUAGAGAAGCAACAAGGAAAUUUAGCAGUUCAGACUCAACACUUGUGUCUUUGGUUAGUGAUAAAUACACAUAUUACCGGAAGAAAAAGCUGGUGCUGAAGAGGUUGGCUUCAUCAUCUCAAUCCAUAACUCCAGUUGAUGCAGGGCUACAACAUAUUCCUAUAGAGAGGUCAAGACAUACAAAUGUUGUUAGGGAUGUAGAAGUUGAACCCCUUCUUUCCACUCUCAAGAAGAAGAAAAUAACCAAGGGCCAGAUCGAACUAUCUGUUAAUGACAGAGAUAUAAAAACCUUUGUUAAACGCAGGUUGUCCAAAGAUCAGUCAGCAGCAAAAACUGCUACUCAUCGAAAAGUAAUUAAGAACAAGAAUGCAGUUGCCAGAUUUAAUAAUAAGAUCAAGGAAGACAUUGUGAAACCUAGCUGGAAGUCAGAAGUUAGGAAAGAUCAGGCUAAUGUUAAGGUUAUUGAUAGCAAAGGCAAUGAUGGUGGAAUUGAGGAAGUAGCUACUCGUGAUAAUUCUGAAAUGAAUCUAAACAAAACCAAGGCAUCAAAGUUAAAAAGAAAACAUUCAGCAAAUGGUGGAUUAAUUUCACAUCCUAUGAAAAUUCUGAAGGUGGACAGUAGUGGUUCCAAGGAAGCUUCACAUGGAGAGGUUACAGUGCAGAAGAAAAAAUCCCGUAAAACUAGGACAUCAAGUCAGUUCCCUAGAUCUGAUGGAUGUGCACGAUCUUCAAUUAAUGGCUGGAAAUGGCACAAAUGGUCACAUGGUGCAAGUCCCUCUGAAAGAGCGCAUGUUAGGGGAAGUCAUUGUCUUCAUGCCAACUAUCUGGCUUCUGAAGCCUAUACUUCUCAGCUGUUAAAUGGUAAGGUUCUUUCUGCAAGAACAAACAGGGCAAAGAUGCGCAAUCUUCUUGCUGCAGCUGAAGGCGCUGACCUUCUGAAAGCUACGCAGUUAAAGGCAAGAAAAAAGCGUUUACGUUUCCAACGAAGCAAGAUUCAUGACUGGGGUCUUGUUGCUUUGGAGCCAAUCGAGGCUGAGGAUUUUGUAAUCGAAUAUGUUGGUGAAUUAAUUCGCGCUCGUGUAUCUGAUAUACGUGAACGUCUUUAUGAGAAAAUGGGAAUUGGCAGCAGUUAUCUUUUUAGACUUGAUGAUGGUUAUGUGGUUGAUGCUACAAAGCGUGGGGGAAUUGCAAGAUUCGUAAACCAUUCUUGUGAGCCCAACUGCUACACUAAGGUAAUAAGUGUCGAUGGGCAGAAGAAAAUUUUCAUUUAUGCAAAGCGGCAUAUAGAUGAAGGGGAAGAAAUUACAUAUAACUACAAAUUUCCGUUGGAGGAGAAAAAGAUACCUUGCAACUGUGGUUCUAGGAAGUGUCGUGGAUCAUUGAAUUAGGAAGUGUUCUCGAGUUGUGGUUGCUGGCCAUUGUUUACAGUUCUGAUCUUCAAUUUUGUAAACUUGGAAAAUGAACGUCCAAGACUAUUAGUCUGACAUUUGUAGAGUAAUUCUCUCAGCUUUAAGAUGUUCCCUAAUGAAUUGCUACGUACAAGUUCUCGGGCAAGUGUGGUGGGAUGUAGGGACUCCAAGGCUGGCAGCGGAGCACGUAGGCAGGGUUUAUCAUCAAUUGCUGUGAUCAUAAUGCAUCGAUAGAGGCUGGGUUUGGUACUUGUGGUGGUUUUUUGGGACCAGAGCUUUUUGAAAAUGAAGUUGCGACUUUUGCAUUCUUGUAGAUCUCUUUCAGCUGCAGAUGAGUUUCUCUUCUUAGGAACUCAAAAACAGUUUGUUGUUUCUUGCUUACAUGACAUUUUUGGAAUAUCAAUUUGUUGUACAAACGUGUAUUGCUGCAUUGAUUAAAUCGAAAUGAAAAGUUAUAUAUUUAUUAUGAAUCUCAA